UGGCGAUCCCAAGGCAGGGGAGUUCCACACAUUAACAAUCUCACCCUGCACACAGGCAGAGGGAAGCAUAGAUUCCGUUCUGCCUGAUCUCUGCUGCAUGAACACAGAACCACCAUUCACAUCCCAGAAGGGGAAGGGCAGAGGAACCAUUGAUUCUGCAGGAGUGGAUGGGAAAGGGUGCUGCUGAGUCUAAGAAGCAUGCUUACAUCUCAGAGGGAUGUGCAGGAAUGGUACCUUCCCAGCUGGAACAUCAAACCAAAGUACUCAACGAAAGUGCUCAUUGGAAACUGGUUGGAAGAGAGGAAAAGGUUUAUAAAAGACAUUGGGAAACCCAGCAACAGCAUCUAUGGGACUGACUUUAUUUGCUUCCCUGACCACAGAACAGAUCGAACAGUAAGGAGAACCAUUAUGAAGAAACUUGAUGGCCUGCCAAAGCAGCAUCUGUUUACGCAUCAUGAAGAACCGAACAACCGAAAUUUAGUAACUCAAUACGAUGAUCAUUACAACAGACAUGGCUAUAAUCCUGUGUUACCUCCACUCCGCAGAUGGAAUGGACAAAAGCUAGCCUGGCUCCCGGAGAAAUCAGAUUUCCCCAUUUUUGAACCACCCACCAACUAUGGCCUUUUUGAGCAACUAAUGAAAAAAUGGACUCACCAAGAGGCAGGAGUGAUGAACAGUGUCUACACUGUUUCUUAUGAGAUGCCGCCUGUUUCUGCUUUUGCUGUUCGCCGACGUCCAGUCACAAAUUGCCACCGGUCCACCCCGCGAUGGGUAGCAUCUUCCCCACAACCUCCGUGCAAGUCUGGAAUGUGAUGGCGCACCAAAAUGCCUGCAAGCUCCUGAGCAGCCGGUCAGAGAUACGGCAGCCAUUGGUGCCACACCGUAGAGUGCUUCUUGCCAUACUAUAACUAUUAUUUAAAUACAGCAUGUUGCCCAACACUAAGACUAUUCUGGUCCAUGUGUUAUUGGCAGAAAUAGGAAUUAGGCUGUAUAGAGGGAGCGGUGUCUACUGGUUGGAGCAGAGCACUGGAAUGUAGGGUGACUGGAUUACAUUCCCAGCUCUGCCUUUGACCUGUGGCAACUCCACAGGGUGGACUUUGUUUCCCUUACUCGAAUCAGACAUUUACAUGAUCUUUCUGUGCUGCUGUGAAUGGCUCCGAGUUCACCAU